UUUUCCGACAACUACGUCCAUGGAGAGCGGCGAUGUCACCUUCACGACGCCGCGCACGCUUCCGAGGGCAGAGACCAUCUUUUCAUUCAUGUCCCCCCGUACAAAGAGCGAGCCAGCCCCACGCGAACCCACAAAGGGCAGGUCCAAAGCACGCCCAUCAUCGUCCAAGCAGCACAAAACGUGCUUGUACAGAACUGGGAAAUGCAACAACCAGAGGCACGUCAAGGCGAACGGGUUGCUUCACAAAUUGUGUACGUUCCAUCGAUCCAAGGCGAACGAGAACCAGCGGCGCUUGGAUCGGAAGAAGAAAGAUGCAGGGUUUCAUCGACGGGAGCGCAUCUCUGCGUUCAAAGUGAAAGGCGUCCUCCAGCCCAAGGCGUCCAUGGUCAUGCGUGCCCACAGCAACGCAUUCGGGACGGCCCCGCCGCAGUUGCUUCAUCCGUUUGAAGACAUCCUGCCAGACGUGAUGAUCCCGUUCCUCCUGGAUAGCUAUACGGACGUGACGGACGACGUCCCAUCGACCUCGACAUCGUUCCACGUCCUUUAGCCGCGGCUUCUCUUGGUCCCGACUCGACUAAUUGAAUUCGCCUUAGCGUUGUUGCCCACACACAAUAAUUUAAAUGGACUACACGCUCGUCGUUCCCCUCUAUGAUGGGCACCUUCGCAUCACCGCGGGGUGUUGCAAAGGCCAUUGAGGGCGCGUCGUCGGUCCUUGCACAA